UCAGGCUAUCAGUGUGCAAUCUGGUAUGUGCUGUCACCUGCUCCCGUUGGUCCCCACUUCCUCCCGAAGGCCCCCAUACGCGCCUCGCCCGCAGCUAGUUAGGCAGCGUCCACCUGGUGCCCACCACAACCUCACCUUGACCGUUCCCCUCUCUCUCCUUCCACCACACUCGGAUCGCUUUGAACUUCUGAUCGCAGUGGAUUUCGCAUGAAAACAGGCUGACAUGUCUUCCAGCGAGCCUAACUCCUCUCAGGAUCUCAAGUUCCCCCCUGUGCAGGUGGCCCACUCGCUCACUAAGCUUGAUCUUGAAACGCUCAUGAUGAGGUCGACUCAACGCCGAGCCCCAGAAGAGGCGGGCAGCUCUCUCGAGGACAGCAGUUAUGACCUGCUCGGCGACGGCGUCAUGGACAUGUCCGACGACGAAGCCCAUACCGAGUCGAUCGCGUCGACCGACGGUCCCACGCCCGAUGACACGUCUGACGAUUUCAGUGAUGACGACGUCGAAUACGAAGCCGGCGAGCACCACUUACAAGAUAGCACAUACUCUUCGCACGGCGAAACCCAAGAGCAGCAAACCCACGUACACCCUAUACUAUCUGGCGAAGACUCCUCUCUGACAGAGGUUCCGCCAUACCUGAGUGGGAGCAUGAGCUCAAGGCAUUUCGUACUUCAAGAGCAGAACACGGGCAGGUCUGAUGUAAGCCACGGAAGCAGUGUCAUCAAGAGCUCGGCAGGUUAUACGGACGAGCUACCACCGGUAUUCGACCGUUAUAGCUGCAAAGAGAUCAGAUUGUCAGUCAAGGCAGCCUUGUCCAAAGACCCUCUCGCCACCCCAGACGCAUACCGAAUACUAUACAUUGGUAGUGGAAAGUGGGCAGAGGGCACCAUCACCUCUAAGAUCUGCGCAGCACUCGCUGCCUACCCUAGCACCUCGAAGUCGGUCAUGGUCCGCGGUCACAUCGAGCCCUAUGCCCCCGUCCCGCAGGCUGAUCGUUGUGCUAAAAUGGAGGUUCAUAAGUCACGCGAGAAGAGGCACGUUCUCGCCAUCAUGGAAGAUGGACGACAGCUCAUGUUCGGCUCCGGCCUCUCCGCUCACUCUUCAGAUCGACCAGACCUUGUGGUCCUUUGUCACCCAAGCGUUCUUGACAACACUGCUGACAAGCAAGAUCUUGCAUCUGCCAAGGAAGUAUUCGAACGCGAGACAAUCCCAUGCAUCGAACUUGCUGAGACCAAUCCAUUCGGAGCUGGAUCUUCCGUUGAUGAGAACACCAUGUCAUUACGGGUAUGCGUAGAAGGGCGGGACAACCCGAACACUGAUUACGAGUUGAAGGAAGUACUGCCCCUCGAUAUCCACCAGUUCGACCAGCUGGAGCCAUCGCAGCUUAACCGCCAUCUCGCACUCAUCAGUCCUCAUUUAGCAAAAGCACAGGGCACGAAGACUGCUCCGACAGCCCGCACAUCGUGGUUCAGUGACAAGACCAAGACGUCUACGAAGAAGAUCGGAUCACCAUGGCCAACUGCAAGGUUGCUAGCAUCUGCUUUCGUCCUCUUCGCCCUCAUCCCCGCGCUUCUCAUGGGUGCGGCUUAUACCCCUAUGCUGUACCAAAAAGUGUCACAAGGGCGGUCAGUGUCACCAGCCGUUUCAGAGAUUCAAAGCAAUACUACAACGAUCACACCCGUAGCGUCAGUGUCUCCAAGUGCGGCUCGCUACCCACACUUAUGUCGCACGAGCCUUAUAGACGAAGUUCGAGGCCUCACUGUUAUACCAUCCCAGCCAAAGCAGGCUACCCAGAAGCCAAAGGCGAAGAACAGUCAGGCUGGAGGUUUCGAAAUUUAUACCACCGGAGACCAUCAGUUUGUACUACGUCCUUCUAAAUCCUUCAAUUCGAACCGGAAGAAGCCCCAACUUCAGAUUCAAGUUUCUCACCACUCGCAAGAGGUUCCAGCACGUUACAACCGGACCAUCACUGGCGAGUAUAUUGUCGACCUGGAGCAGCAGUAUCGAUUCGAGAAGUUCAAUGUCAGCAUUGCAACACAUUCGAAGCCUCUCCUGCGGCAAUCCUUCGAAGUAAUGCUAGGACACAACAAGUCGACGCUAGAUCAACUUCUCGGCACUGCCAAGUCCAACAUAUUGGAUACACAAAUGACCCUUCGCAACUUAUCUGCUGCAGCUGCACAGCACUUGCAAGAAUACAUGACCGGCUUGGAUCUCUACGCUUCCAAGCAACUUCAGGAGACUAAGCAUCAACUAGAGAUGAAGGCUCAUCGGGCAAGACAGAUACCGGAUGCUACGUGGAUGGGGUUGCGAAAGGUGACCGCACCAGUGCGGACAUCGUCAGCGAUGCAAAGGGCCAGAAUGAAUGCUCUUCGCGUCAGGUGCAAGAUGGAGACGGCGGCAGGACUGUCUGCAAAGGAAGGCGGUGAGGGGCAGAGCUGGGCAUGUGCAAAGGUAGGAGGAGCGGUCUAAGGCACGUAGGGAGGCAGCACGCAGUGGAGGAUCUCAUGUGACUUUCUGCACUGUCUUGUUUUGAAUUAUGCGGCGUAUAUGGGCAGGAGGGCAGACACAAGGGUGCAGUGAUAUACCCCCGGGGACCUGGUGUGGAUGGUAGGACAACUUGGGAGUUAUAGGAUUUGUCAAAUUCAUCUCAUACCACAAUUCAUAUACAGUAGCUCGUAGAUGCACACCUCGCCUUGGCUGUGUACUGUCGUGGUUACACAUUGACUCAUCAGGUAGGGCGAACUGGUUAAGUGCAUGCUGCGUCAGGUGUGAGGGCGCGUUGGGCGCACGUCCCUGAGCCUACCCAACCGGGUAAAGCGCGUUCUGGAGGGGCAUCCCACUUC